AUGAUGGAGCAGGAUCAGAACAGCCAAUCGAGUUGGAGGCCACGCAGGCUGUCCAUCACUCAUCAGAUCCAGCGAGCACUUCGUCUCGACAAGCUUAAACAUCGUUCAGAGUCGAGCGAUUCAAGCAGGAGUGAGCAUGCUCAAUUGAGCAAAGGAAACGACAGACGUCACAUUUCGAUAUCGAUAGCUGGUGAUGCAAGGGUCAAGAGACUAUCAAAAGAAACACGCGUCUCUUCCGCCGACAACGCUCCAGCAAUAUUUGGAAAGAAUGACUCAACCGAGAGACCUAAUGAGUUACUCAGGGACGAAGAGAGACGGGCUACCAAGCGCCUGGAGGCAGACAGGACAGAGCUUGAGAAACGGCUUCUCAGGCUCGAACAGAACGAGGCAAUCAGAAGCUCCCGACUUCUAAAAAGAGGAACCCGUCGUUUAUCGAAAAAACAGCCUCUGGACCUAUCGAUCAGGGCGUCAAGUGUAAGUGCGGAUGAACAUCAGUCUUCAACUAGGCUUUCUUCCAUGAUCUCGAUCUCGAGACGCUCAUCGCAGUCCCGGCCGAGCUCGGCGGUCGAGGCUGACCGGCGAUUAAGUCAACCAUCAGCUAGCACCGUAAAUUCAAGGUCGAACGUUGACUGGGAUCCAGCGUCCCACGUGGGAAUGAAAGUACCAGAGCGUUUUAGCACGGAAGUCUCGAAAGAGCUCAAUGCGACAAAUGCAUUACUCUCAUAUCAUGAGGGGAAGUCUAUGCAGAAAUCCACACAAUUGACUGCAGGCUCUAAUACGAACAAGGCCAGCGGAACAUGGCAGUCUCGUGAGACAAACCAGGUGCCAAUGAUAUAUAGAAGAACGAGUGCUCUUGCACCAGAAACGUCAGAGCUAGCGGCCCAGGACUCAUUAAGGACAAGUGACCUGGACCGGACCUCAUUCUCAGCAGCUUUGAAUAUACAGGGAAGAUGCCCUGGCCGGAUGCCCUUGCCCAAACCCGCAAUCACAGACACCAAAGACACCCACUCGAAUUCAAUCCCCAAGCAGCGAGAGCAUCAUUCGUCAAAAACAGAGUAUCUGGCUGGAAGACCUCAUACCCGUCUUCAGGCGACUUCAUUACAUGAGUCUUGCAAAACUAUUCCAGCGAGGUCUUCAUGUGGCAGACCUGUACAGAGGCGAUAUAGAUCGUAUCUGCCUUCGCCCCUGGCAGCGCCUUCGGUGAGUGGGUUGACUAGUGAACCAGUUCCAACCAAGGCAAUCUCAUCUAAGCUCCCAACUCAAUUCGCCCUCGAGAAGCCGAACCAAUGCCCCCCCAAAGCUUUGAGGGGUCCUGCCCCUGGCAGCUCAAGCUCAGUACUAUUGCUACCCAGCAGUCAUCAUGGCCUUAGUGCGCCCAAAGAAAGAGCAGAUUUUCACAGACCUUCAUCUCGUGAUUGCAACGGCGGACGCUCUACUUGCCCCCACAAACGUCCCCGCCCUAUCUCCAAUGAUGACAUGCAUAUUGAUCAAGGUGAAGAAAUUGAUUUGUUGGCGCCACAUACGAUUGAGUCCCGUGAAACAAGAGAGAUUCUUCACUCUCAGGCCUCCCUCGAUCACAGUUCUGGCGCCAGGCUGAGCCAAACAUGGACCAUGCAUAAUCUAAGCUCCUAUGGCAAACAUGGGACAUCCCUCACAAGGUCUAAGCCACCCUCCGGACCGCAAAAUCCACAAGCUUUCUCCAAACCCUCCACUGAUCAGCGAAAACGAUUUGGUGGCUCCUUGUCCUCGUUGGACAAUCCAUCUCGCGAGCUACUGACAGAUGAAUACAACACGGCAGACGAGGGUCUAUCUGUCGAUUCAUUAUCAAGAGAUGUGAAUGAUACUUUGACCUUGCAAUCGGAAGUUCUUGGGGUUCUACCCCGCUCCAUGACUGCUGGUGCGGACACAGGAUGA